AUGUCAUCAUCAUUUUUCACGCAAACUCUUAAUUUCGUUACACAAUAUACAUUCUAUAGUGGUUGUGUUACAUUUAUAUUGGGAAUUAUUGGUAAUGCAAUUAAUAUAUUGGUUUUUAGUCAAUUAAAACUUUUUCGAGGUAAUCGAUAUGCUUUCUAUUUAAUUUUGGAAUCAAUUUCAAAUUUUCUGUUUCAUUUUGUCUUUAUGACGUUAACUAUUUUUACAUCAAUCUAUGGUGAUGAUGGUACAGGACGGUUUCCUGCGUGGUGUAAAUUACGCUACAUGUUAGGCCCAACAUUUGCAGUUAUUACAUAUUAUAUGAUAUGUUUUACUACUAUUGAUCAAUACUUUUCAACACAUUGUCGUUAUAAUUUCAGACAAAUAUGUACAAUAAAAUCAACUCACAUUUCUGCUUUUAUAAUAAUUUCUAUUGCAAUUAUUCAUAGCAUUAUACUUGGAUCAUUCUUUGAUAUUCAACCAUUAGUUGGAUGUGUUAUAUCAAAUGAAAUAUAUCUUCAAUAUACAACAUUCUUAUAUUAUCCAGUUUUAAUUGGUUUGUUACCCAUUGUAAUCACAUUAUUUUUCAGUUUAUUAGCAUAUCGGAAUGUUCGUCGAAUAGUUCGUCGACAAUUACCUAUAGUUCGUCGUCGAUUAGAUCGACAAAUGACAGCAAUGAUUGUUAUACGUGUUGUGUUUUUCAUUUGUCUGGUAUUACCCUAUAAUAUUUGUCGUAUCUAUGUUACUGUUUAUCCUAUUUCAAGAGAUGAUAUGUUGAGAUAUGUAAUUGUUCGAUUAGUUCAAGCAAUUACAUUUUCUUUUUCCCAGGCAAAUUAUACGGUCGGUUUUUAUCUCUUUAUGAUUUCAUCAUCCCGUUUUCGUCGUCAAGUAAAAUAUGUUAUAUUUAAAAAAUUAUGGCCACGAUGUAAACAAGGGUGUUGUUUGAAGAAUAAUGAAGUUGUACCUGAAAAUUUCGAAGAGUCAGGCAAUCACAACAUAAAACUUGAAGAUGCCUCUUAA